GAGAGCCUGCAAGAAAAGAGGUUGUUGUGGAUUCAAAUGCAAAAAAUUUACGAACCAGGUCACUCUUUCCCAUGGAAGAUGAGUGAUUUUGAAUCUUUGAUAGCUUUCAUCAAUAGUCACGACAUAUUUAUCAACUGUCAAGGUUUGGUGAUUACCACAACUUUCCCUCGAGAAACAACGUCUUCUCACCGCCCCAACAUGAAUCGAAUAGUGAGAUUUUGGUCACAUGAUGUACUCAACUUGGGUCUCUAUGGGCUACCUGUUUUGCCAGUUCCUUUCCGAGAAGUUCGAUAUAUGAAAAUAGGAGGGUCUGCUCUUGUUGAAAAUCCUAAAGAAAAUGAAUUAGCUGCAAGUUUGGCUGCGUGCACGGAAGAACGAGAUCGAGAAAAGGCUGAGAAACAAGCUCUGGCGACAAAAGUUUCCCGUCUAGAAGCCACGAUUUCUAAUCUGAAAUCCAAAAACUACUUGUUCAACCAGAAAAACAUGUGAGUGAUCGGUUGUGGCACGCAGAGCAUCUUGAAACAAAGUUAAAGCCGUUCCGGUUCGGAACAAUUUACCAAUCAGAAAAACAAAAAAAUAUCAAGUAUAUUUGUUGUUUACCUUUCAUUUUUUUGAUUGAUUUAGUUCUACUUCUACUCGUAAUAAUAUUGAAAGCCUCUUUGAACCAUGAUUAACGAGCUAACUU